AUGUUGAAACUAGUGCUAACCGUGCAAAAUGAAGAACUUGUUCGCACGGAUUAUUCCUAUGUCAUACAUGAGAGGCAAAUUUUUAGGGCUAGCGGUUUACUGAUGAAAAAACGAUACUUCAACAUGAAUUAUAACUGGACUGAUUUUAGCGGUGGUUGGGUUAUGUGUACAUUAUACUGCUCUAGAAAAUUAAAGCUUAAUGGAAAUGAAGUUGGUGUUACUCGUAAAAUAAGCAAUGUUGGUGAAUUUUACGACUGUGAUGGUAGUUUGUACAAGAAUGGUCCAUUUAAAUCGGUAACGGUAUCAAAAAACGACUCACAAUGCGCAUGUUUUGAAAAACGUACGCUAGCAGUUGUUAAAGGCGGUACACCUGAACAUCAUUAUAAUGGGAAAAAAGAGAACUACCGUCGUUUUUAAUACAAAAAGAUCUCAACUCUUUAAGCAAACUUGUUCAUUUCGAACUGAUUUGGCAUGUUGGACACAAAUUUUAUCCCCUAAUAACGGUGACAUACUCUUUCUGCACUUAAAUAUAUCCGAAGAAGACGAAACUGAAUAAAAUAGCACACCCGCACGACACACUGUUUUAUUUCAAUUUGGAACGCGUAGCUUAAAGACUAAAAACUAUUUUUUUGACAAUGAUUGACAAAGAAAUGUUCGUGAAAUAUUUGUACGGACACGGUACGCGAUAUAAGGACAGUGAUGUAUACGUAUUAGAUAGUUCGAAAAAAAGUACGGAAGAGAGAGCGUUAAAAAAGAUCGCACCGCCAGCUAGUUUGAAUCCGACAUACGCUAAUUCACGUCCAUGCAAACAGGGACAAGUACCUCAACCGAAACAACAACGUGCAAGCGAAGGUAUCAACCAGAAAAUUCUACCUGCUAUUCUCAAUGGGCCGCAGUAAAAAGAAAUGUGGAAAAAAGCAAAAAAGCAUACCAAUUUAUAUGAGAACAUUUUUAAUUCCUCGUCCUCGUCGUAUCAAACAGAAAGGGGGGGGGGGCUUUUGGUGCCGGAAUGGUUAUGGAGAUGAUGGCACCCAUGUUAUUGGGAACAUUAGGUAAAAUACUAAAAGUAAAAGUAGGUGGGUAAAUGAAAUGAUGUAAAAUUAAAAGAAACAAAUGUUUUGUUGAAAAAAAAAACACGUUUGUUAUAAAUUCAUUUAUCUUAUUGUGUGUUAUUUAUUCGUGAAAGUACUCUUCAAGAUGAGUAAACGUGCUCGUACAGAGGUAGAGGAAGAGAGUGUG